GAUUGCCUCGCGAAGGUAAGGCUGUGAAAUGUUGUCAAGUUUGGAUGUACUUUUCCUUAUUUUAAACUUCAUCCUUUGUACAACAUUGUUUGAGGAUUUUCAAAAUGGAUUUGGUUUUUCAGAUGACUACCUAAAUAUGAACUGAAGUGAAGCGAGACGUAAAACUCCACCUAAAUGGGUUCACACCAAGAUUUCGGCAUGACAGCAGACGAUUUCAGAGAAACAGAAUAAAUUCUCACCUUAAAAUGUCUGCAACAGUGUUACAUUUUGGGGAUAUUGUAUCCUUGUAUGCAGAAGGAAGUGUAUGUGGUUUUAUUUCGACACUUGGGUUGGUAGAUAACAGAUGUGUGGUUCAGCCAGAAGCCGGUGACCUUACCAAUCCUCCAAAGAAGUUCAGAGACUGCCUGUUCAAGAUAUGUCCUAUGAACCGAUAUUCGGCUCAGAACCAGUUCUGGACUGCCCAGCGUACUGGAGGUACCAACCUUACCAGUGCUCCAGAUACUGUUCUCCUGAAGAAACUCCAUCAUGCGGCAGAAUUGGAGAAAAAGCAAAAUGAGGCAGAGAACAAGAAACAGCUAGGGUCAGAAAUCCAGUACGGCAAUGUGAUUCAGUUACUCCAUCUAAAGAGUAACAAAUACCUCACUGUAAACAAGCGCCUGCCUGCGCUACUGGAGAAGAAUGCCAUGAGGGUGACCUUGGACACGGCUGGAAAUGAGGGUUCCUGGUUCUAUAUCAUGCCCUUCUACAAGCUCCGACAGGCUGGUGAUCCAGUUGUGGUUGGGGACAAGGUGGUUCUCAACCCAGUCAAUGCUGGUCAGCCCCUCCAUGCCAGUACUUAUGAACUUAUUGAUAAACCUGGUUGUAAGGAGGUGAACUCAGUAAACACUGCCAGUCCAGCAUGCUGGAAGAUGACACUGUUUAUGGACUAUAGAGAAAACAAAGAUGAGGUUCUCAAAGGGGGUGAUGUGGUACGAUUGUUCCAUGCAGAAGAGCAGAUGUUUCUAACAUGUGACGAGUAUAAAAGACAACAAUUUGUGUUCCUUAGGAUCACUGCCCGACAGACUGCCACCACGGCAACAAGCUCCAAGGCAUUGUGGGAAAUUGAGGUGGUACAGCAUGACCCAUGUCGUGGAGGAGCCGGACAGUGGAUGAGUCUUUACAGAUUUAAGCACCUUGCAACAGGACAGUACUUAGCUGCUGAGGUGGACAAAGACCAGGCCCCUGACACUAUGAGGAACAAACUACGGGGAACCAGCUCUUCUCCAGUCUUCUGCCUCGUGUCUGUACCUCAUGGCCAUGACGUGGCCACCAUCUUUGAAUUGGACCCCACAACAAUGACGAGGGACUCUCAUGUACCUAGGAACUCGUAUGUGCGACUACACCAUCUAUGCACUAACAGCUGGGUCCACAGCACCUCUAUCCCACUCGAUAAGGAUGAGGAUAAACCCAUCAUGAAAAAGGUUGGCUGUGCCCAGAUAAAGGAGGAUCGGGAGGCUUUUGCUAUAGUACCAGUUCCUCCAUCAGAAGUGAGGGAUCUUGACUUUGCAAAUGAUGCCAGUCGAGUACUGGCUGACUUUGCAGCCAAGCUGGAAAAGGGCAGCAUCACACAGAAUGAGAGAAGAUUUGUGACACAGCUGUUAUCUGAUAUAUUGCACUUUGUGACCCAACAAGAAUCUCAAAACACAGGAGGAGACCCUCUCAAGGUAGAGAUGGCCAAACCAAAGGAGUGUAGGGAGAGACAGAAGCUUCUCCGAGAACAGGAUAUCCUAAAACAGGUUUUUCAAAUCCUGAAGGCUCCCUUUAGUGGGCCGAAUCCCCUACUGAAGAUGGAGGAGUUAGCGGAUCAGCGCCACGCCCCUAUACGACAGAUCUGUAAACUUUGUUACCAUAUACUCCGUCUCUCACAGCAGGACUAUAGGAAAAAUCAGGAAUAUGUAGCAAAAUACUUCGCAUUUAUGCAAAAGCAGAUUGGAUAUGAUGUUUUAGCAGAGGAAACGAUAACUGCUUUACUGAACAACAACAGGAAACUUUUGGAAAAGCACAUCACCAAGCAGGAGAUUGUCACCUUUGUCAGUCUGGUCAGAAAAAACAAAAAGCCAAGGUUCCUUGACUAUCUGUAUGUGCUGUGUGUGUCCAACAACCAGGCUAUAGCAGCCACACAGUACCUCAUCUGUAACUGUCUGCUGAGUGAGGAGAACCAGGACAUCCUCAUAGAGACCAGACUUGAGAAGACUCAGAUGGAGGUUGAAAUGGAAGUAGAGAACCCAGAUGGAACAUCAGCCCCUGAACCCAUUGUCACUAUCGAGGAGGUGGAGGAGGUCAUGCUUAUAUGGGAUCUUGGCAAAAAGACGAAGAGUGUGCGUGAGCUAGCGGAGACAGCAGCAGAAUCUCACGGCCUAGGUGAAAGCUCAGAGGAGCAGGACAUCCUAGUGUACUACAGACACCAACUAGAUCUGUUUUCUCACAUGUGUCUGGACAGACAGUAUAUCGCCAUCAAUGCUCUCUCGAAACAACUUGAUAUAGAUCUGAUUCUCAGGUGCGUGUCUGAUGAGGUUUUGCCUUAUGACCUACGGGCCUCAUUCUGUAGAUUGAUGUUACACAUGCAUGUAGACAGGGAUCCACAGGAAAUCAUCAAACCGGUCAAGUACGCCCGGCUGUGGUCCGAGAUCCCCACACAGAUCUCUAUAGAGGAAUAUGAUUGUACGUGGGAUUCAGAGAAUUACGAAUCAAACAUUGGUAAGGACCCAGAGAAGGAGAAAGUGAAACCACGAUUCUCCCGUACCAUCUUAUUUGUAGAGGACUACCUCUGUAAUGUGGUCAGCCAGGAAGGUGCCUUUGUGGACAGGAAACAAAACAAACUCACAUUUGAAGUGGUGAAUUUGGCCAAGCAACUGAUUUACUUUGGAUUCUACUCAUUCAGUAAUCUCCUGCGCCUCACCAAAACACUUCUCAACAUCCUAGAUUUCGCACCCGAGAAGGAGAUACAUGGUGUUGGUAAAGUGAGACAACCGGUCUCCCUCAGUGACCAUGGUCCUGACAAAGCCAUAUCCAAUGUGAUCUCCACACGGGGCAAUGGUGGUGAUGGUAUGGAGGCUGAUACUCUGGUCAUGGACACCAAACUAAAAAUCAUCGAAAUACUCAAGUAUUUAAUGCAUGUACGUUUGGACUACCGUUUAACGUGGAUUCUCUCCAUGUUCAAAAGUCAAAUUGAACAACAACCGUGGAUCAACACCAGCGAUGACGAUGAGCUCAGCCUUGACCUGGACAGUAUAGGUCAGCAGGCAGAGGAAAUAUUUGGAGGCAGCUCUACAACAGCUGAGUUGGACUUAGAUGGUCAAGGUGGAAAGAUGUUUUUGAGGGUUCUGCUCAAUCUAGUGAUGCACAACUACCCUACUCUGGUGUCUGGUGCACUGCAACUCCUGUUUAGACAUUUUAGUCAGAGACAAGAAGUUCUACAGGCCUUCAAACAGGUCCAGCUGCUCGUAACAGCUGCUGAUGUGGAGAACUACAAACAGAUCAAGACUGACCUGGAAGACUUAAGGAAUCUGGUGGAGAAGUCAGAACUCUGGGUUUUCAAGUCCAAAUCUGUCCCUGAUACACCUAAACCAAAGAAGAAGACAAGCGAGUCAGAUGGGGGUGACAAGGAGGAUAAGGAAGGAAAGGAGGGAAAGAAGAAAGCAAAAGCACAGCCAUCAAUUUGGAAUAUAUCUAAGGAUCAAGGCUCUGCAAUAGAUCUAGAACUAGGUCCUUCUAUAGAUGAACAGGCUAGCAAAAACUACAAACGUAUCAAAGAGAUUUUACAGAGGCUGACCAAGUUGUGUGUACAGAAUACAAGUGAACCUGGUGUAAGGAAAGCUCGACGACAUGAACAACGCUUGCUGAGAAACAUGAGUGCUCACUCUGCCAUACUUGAACUUUUACAGAUACCCUAUGAACAGAAUGAAGAUACACGGAUGCACGAAAUCAUGCGACUGGCUCAUGAAUUUCUGCAGAGUUUCUGCCUGAGUAACCCUCAGAACCAGGGUCUGUUACACCAGAGCCUUGAUCUCUUCCUUACCCCAGGGCUAUUGGAGGCCCGGACAAUGCAGGCAAUAUUCCAGGACAACCUAAACCUGUGUACUGAGGUACAGGAUAGAGUGAUUCAACAUUUUGUCCACUGUAUAGAGACCCAUGGUAGACAUGUGCCAUACCUGAAGUUUCUACAGACACUUGUCAAGACUGAGGGAGAGUACAUUAAGAAGUGUCAGGAUAUUGUUAUGGCAGAGUUGGUGAAUGCGGGUGAGGAAGUCCUGUUGUUUUACAAUGACCGAACAUCAUUUGGAGCAUUUCUGGAACUGAUGAAAUCUGAACGGUUCAGGACAGACCAGAUGAGCCCUCUGGUCUACCACAUCAACCUGGUGCAGCUAUUGGCCUUGUGUACCGAGGGCAAGAAUGUGUACACUGAGAUAAAAUGUCACUCCCUCCUCCCACUUGAUGACAUUGUCAGGGUUGUCACUGACAAAGAUUGUAUUCCAGAGGUGAAAAGUGCCUACAUCAACUUCCUGAAUCACUGUUAUAUUGAUACAGAGGUGGAAAUGAAGGAAAUCUACACAAGUAACCACAUGUGGACACUAUUUGAGAACUUCCUGACUGAUAUGGGCACAGUGUCAACUGCCACCCAUGACCGGCGCCAUGCGGACACAGUAUUAGAAAGUUACGUGACGGAGAUAGUGAUGAAUGUGAUCCAUACUUUCUUCAGUUCACCAUUCUCCGACCAAACCACCCACCUACAGAACAAAUCCAGACAGCCAGUGUUUGUGCGACUACUACAAGGGGCGUUCCGUGUAUCUCACUGCAAGUGGCUUUCAGGCACACAGAAAUUCCAUGUGGAGACAUGCAUCAAAACGUUGGCAGAUAUAGCUAAGAUGCGAGGGAUAGCCAUUCCUGUCGAUCUAGACAGUCAGGUCAACCUUUUGUUUGAGAAAAAUCAGAAGACACAAAACACAGCCAUGAGGUGGAAGACUGUAGGGCUGAUGAAGAGAGAGUCCAUUCCAUCCAUCUCUCGUGACUACCGCAAUAUUAUAGAGGGCCUUCAGGAAAUUGUGGAUCUGCUGGAAGAUCAGUUACGGCCAUUGGUCCAGGCAGAGUUGUCUGUCCUUGUUGAUGUUCUUCACUGUCCCGAGCAGCUUUUCCCUCCGGGAACACAGUGUGAAAUUGGAGGAUUCAUAUCCAGGCUGAUAAAGCACACCGAGUGUCUGCUGGAAGAAAAAGAGGACAAACUGUGUAUCAAGGUGCUACAGACACUUCGGGAGAUGAUGACAAUUGACAAUGAAUAUGGGGACAAGGUGGAUGUGAAGGCUUUGGGUAAAAAGGAUCUUGAUGACCACAGAAGGGGCGAGGCACUGAGACACUGCCUGUUGACACGCUACUAUGGCAAAGUUAUACCACGCCUGCCUCGAGAUGGUAGCCACAAGGCCCAGCAAGGCCGGUCAGGGAGUGACAGUUCUAAGAGUGCCGCAGGGAGCGAGAGUAUCAAUACCCUCCAUGAUGUACAGUGUCGCCUUGAUAAAGAGGGAGCCAGUGACCUCAUAGUGGAUCUGAUCAUUAAGGAUACCAGUAACAAAAUUUUCCUGGAGACUGUUGAGCUGGGUAUAGCUCUGUUGGAGGGUGGCAAUGAGGAGAUUCAGAAAUCUAUCUACACAAGACUGACAUCAGAUAAACAGUCCGAGGUAUUCUUUAAAGUCUUCUACACCAAGAUGUUCAAUGCCCAGGAGGAGAUUAAGGCCACUCAGACGGUCAAUACUGGGGAGGGGGACAAACAUUUGACCGACCACAAAGACACCCAGCCUCACGAACAGCUCAGCAACAGCAAGUCAGGCCGCAGUGGAGCAGGUCAUCUACAGAAGAAUACAUCAGAGACCAAUCAACGGACGUCAUCAGUGAAGGGAAGCCGGCUAGCUGUGAAGGUUCCAGUGAGACAUGGCCGUGAGUAUGAAAACGAUGAUGGUACCAGAUCAGGACAUGGCCCUACAGAGGAGGCAGUAGACAAACCCAACAAAAACAAGGACGAGAAGAAACUUACGCCACAUGUAGUACUCAUGAAACCAAUUCUCCGAUUUCUUCAGCUUCUCUGUGAAAACCAUAACCAUGAUCUACAGAACUACCUGCGACAUCAAGUCAACAACAAGACACCAUAUAACCUGGUGUGUGAAACACUUCAGUUCCUGGACUGUAUCUGUGGCAGUACCACCGGGGGCCUAGGAUUGUUAGGGCUCUACAUCAACGAAAAUAAUGUUGGGCUCAUCAACCAGGCACUCACCACCCUCACAGAAUACUGUCAGGGACCCUGUCAUGAAAACCAGAAUGCAAUUGCUAUGCACGAAAGCAAUGGAAUAGAUAUCAUCAUUGACCUGCUCCUUAAUGAUAUCAACCCACUGGGCAAGAACCGCAUGGAUCUGGUGUUAGAGCUUAAGAAUAAUGCUUCCAAACUUUUGCUUGCGGUUAUGGAAAGUCGCCAUGAUAGUGAAAAUGCAGAGAGAAUUUUAUACAACAUGAACUGUAAACAGUUGGUUGAAGCUUUGGGACAUGUCUUUAAGCAGGCAUUAGAGAGAGGAAUUAUUGAUUUACGAAAGGUGGAGAACUGUAAAAAUGCAUUCCAUAAAGAGGCUACCAUAGACGAUGAUGAUGAGGAAGAGGAGGACAGUGGGAUAGAGGCCUCACCGAAAGCUGUCGGCCACAACAUCUACAUUCUAGCUACACAGCUAUCCCAGCACAAGGAGGAACUGGCCAACCUGUUGAAGCCCAGUGAUGAUGACCUGUGGGGAGAUCAAGCUCUCAAGUUCUAUGAAAAACAUACAGCACAAAUAGAGAUUGUACGAGAGAACAGAACAAUGGAGCGGAUUGUGUUUCCAAUACCAGAGAUCUGUGAGUAUCUCACUGAAGAAACUAAAACUCGGAUCUACAACUGUGCAGAGAUGGAUGAACAGGGAUCAAAGGUCGUUGACUUCUUUGAAAGACAUGAAGAUAUGUUUGCUGAAAUGAGAUGGCAGAAAAAACUCCGGGCCAAUCCUUACCUGUCUUGGUUCAGCAGUCACAUGUCCCUGUGGAGCAGCAUUACAUUUAACUUUGCCGUCGUCAUCAACUUCUUCGUGGCCUGUUUCUACCCGUUUAGUGACGAGCGUGAUGAACUUGACCCACGUCUGUCAGGCCUGGUGUGGACUGCUAUGUUUGGAUCUCUAGCAUUAGUGAUCAGUGUCGGAGUGUAUCCAUCCGCUAUCAGAACUUUCAUAAUCUCCAUCAUUCUCCGCUUCAUACUCUCUGUUGGAUUAGAACCCACCUUGUGGCUUUUAGGUGCCUUAAAUGUGAUAAAUAAAGGAAUAUUUUUGAUAAGUUUGAUGGGAAACAAUGGAACUUUCACUAAGCCUCCCUCACAAGUGCUGAGGGAUUUUCAAUUUGUGUAUAAUGUUGGAUAUCUCAUAUUAUGUGUCCUUGGACUGUGUGUACACGAAUUCUUCUACAGCUUUUUGUUGCUGGAUCUGGUGUAUAGAGAAGAGACCCUGCUGAACGUCAUCAAAUCUGUGACGAGGAACGGUCGCUCCAUCGUUCUCACUGCCGUCCUUGCUGUCAUACUCAUCUACCUCUUCUCCAUUAUUGGAUUCAUCUUCUUCAAGGACGACUUCUUGAUGGAGGUGGAGAGGAUAGACCCUCCUCAAAUCAUAAAUUUGACAGAUACAAAUGCUACAGUGAAUGGCUCUUGUGAAGCUCACGGAAACUGCAGUAUAUCUGACAAAGUAGCACAAUACCUGAGUCCUACCCAUGAUGUGUCUGAGGAGGAAUCUAGAGAUAAGCAGCGUGUUUGUGAUUCCCUUAUCAUGUGUAUACUCACCACUCUCAAUGAGGGACUGAGAAAUGGUGGUGGCAUAGGUGAUGUACUCCGCAAACCUGAUACCAGGGAACCUUUGUUUGUAGCAAGAGUUGUGUAUGACAUGCUGUUCUUUUUCAUCGUCAUCAUUAUCGUCCUCAACCUCAUCUUUGGUGUCAUCAUCGACACAUUUGCUGACUUGAGAAGUGAAAAACAGAACAAAGAACAAACAUUGAAGAAUAACUGUUUUAUUUGUGGUUUGAAUCGUAUUUCAUUUGACAACAAGGAUGUCUCUUUUGAUGAACACAAGUCUAAACAACACAAUAUGUGGCACUAUCUCAACUUCAUUGUCCUUGUGAAGGUGAAAGAUCACACAGAAUUCACUGGGCCUGAGAGUUAUGUUCACGCCAUGAUCAAGGAGAAAAAUCUGGAAUGGUUUCCAAGGAUGCGAGCAAUGUCACUUCAGGCAGAAGAAAGUGAUGGGGAACAAAAUGAACUGAGAAACCUUCAUGCACAGCUGGACUGUGCCAACACUCUCAUCAAAAAUCUAUCCAAACAGCUGAGUGAGCUCAAAGAUCAGAUGACUGAACAGAGGAAACAGAAGCAGCGUAAAGGUUUCCUCCACUCCACCACAGUACCAACAAUGAUGAACCCUAACUCAACUUUCUGAAGCUUUCCUUCAUUCCACCACAGUACCAACAAUGAUAUACCGAGUGAACAAGGAAUCCUUGCUCCAUAAAGUUUACCAUGAACCCAAAUUCUACAUACUAAGGGUUUUUGAAAAAAAUGUACUGAAAAUACCGUGAAUCAUAACAAGGAAUCCUAGUUCCACAUACAUGUACUACGUUUACCAUUAACCCCUAUUCCUCAUACAGAAUCUUUCACAAACCUCAAAUCCAUGUGCUUUGUGAAUCGAGAAUACUUACUCCAUCGACUAAAUGAAAACUCCAUAUAAUGAAUUAUCCAUGAUCCCAAAAUUGUAUGUAAUGUGUAUACAUUUACCAUGAUGUUACUAGUUUUUAAGGCAAUCGUUAAAUUCAAAAUGCAAAAAGAGUAACUACAAUGUAUCCAAAAUAUCAUUGUGUAUCAUAUAGGUGUUAGUAAUAUAAGAAUAUAAUCACCACAAAAUAGUAAUAUAAGAAUAUAAUCACCACAAAAUCAGCCAAACAAUGGAAUGUUUUCUUUUUCAAUGAUACAAAUGAAUAGUUUCAUAUAUAAACAAAAUGUCAAUAGAAUGGACAUUUAAGGGGUUUGUUUCAUGAUUCACCUAUUUUCAAGCAUGAUUUUGUAUAAAUAUAUAUCCCUGUUUGCCUGACUAACAAAAAGUCUCAGUACUAUGUCAGUAGCAUCUCUAAGCAGGUAAUGUGUAAAUAUGUGUGUGUAUAUGCCCAUGUUUGAGCCACAGAGGCCAAAGUUAUGUACUGAGAGUUCAUGAUGUUUUGGAGCAUGGUCCCUUUGACAGAAAAUCCAGGAAAUCUUUGCACUUAUAUUUUGAAAUUAAAUUUUUGUUCUUAACACUCGAUCAAGUGUAAAAUCAUUUUAAAAUAGUUCGUGAUUUUUCUGUCAAUCUGUCAUGACUAUUUUUGUAAUCUCACAAAAAAAUCAUGGAUUAAUUGAAGUGCAAAGGACAUUAUUUGUUCUCACCUAAGAAUCAUACAUCGGCAGCUAUAAACGUCAAGAUUCUAAUUUUUGUUUUUUUCAUCAACUUUGACUUUUCCUGAUAUUUCAAUAGGAAAUAUAAAAUAUACAGAAUGAAAAUCUGUACAUUUGCCACAAAAUAUGGUGUCGUAUGCCAAGUUAAAAUGUUAUUUGGAGAAAUUUUUGUAAGGGAACAUCAAGGUAUUUCUCAGCAUGGUUGACAAAUUACAAAUAAUUUACAACAUAAAUGGGAAAAGUGAAAAGCUGUAUAUAUGGAUACUAGCUUGUAAAAUGUGACCAAAGCUUUAAAUAAUGUGUACACUUGCUAAGGAUCCAAUAAUAAUUAAACAAAUUUCUUGUAAUCAUGACUUUUUUUUAUGGUUUUGCUACUACCAUAAUGUUAAACAUACAUAUACAAUUCAAUAUAUGAUUACAUAAAAAUUAUAUUAAUGUUCAGUAUAGAGAAAUGUUCAGUAUACUAAUAAUGUUCAAUAUAGUUAUAAUGUUGCAAUAUACAGCUGAUAAAUAUGCAUCAACACGCUUAAAUACAUCAACACGCUCAUUAGCUGAAUAAAAGUACACUGUAUUGGUGUACCAAUUAGCAGGCUAUGUUUUAGAGGGAAAUGCAAUCUUUGUACCCUUAGUUCAUUCGCCAAAAUUAGGAAAUUGAUUAUGCAUUUUGCUCAAAUGUGAUUCAUAGCUUAAAAUCCUUUGUUAUAUCUGCUCAUGUUUCCUGAAACGUCUUAGAUUUUUGUAGAUAUUCUGACUAAUGUAUUAAUAAAAUAGUGGUCAUCAUAUGCUCUUGGAACAUUUUACCAUUUUAUCACACAUCGAAAUUAUUUAAAAUUUCAAUGUAUGAUGUAAGUUAGUGGAUAAAAGCUUUGGAGUGAUAAAUGUUUAUGUAUUGUUUAUACCUAUUGUGAAGAUUUGCAGUAGUUGACUGAAAAUAUUUAUAUUAGUACCCUGGAAUCAGUUCAGUACAUAUUAAAUUAAGUUUAAUUGAUUUCAAUCACUAAAUUAACUAGUGUUUGUUUUUGUUUUGUUUUUGGGGGUUUUUUUUU